AUGCCUCGAUCUACAUCAAGGCUCGCAUCCCAAUACGCUAUCACCCACAGCCUCUUCCGCCAUGACUACGACAUCAUUUCGGCCAAUGGAAAACACAGCUACCACGUGGAUAAUUCCCACUUGACACCGGGAAAACCGGAUCUGACAUUUCACGAGGGCGACGCUAAAGGCCCCAUCGCGGGUGUUUGCAAAUACCGACAUUUCUCAUCAGAUGCUAUUAUCGGCCUCGGCGAUCCUACCCACCCACAUCGUAUGAGUUGGGAACAUUUUACUCGAGAAGGUCUUCUAUCCUGUCGAUACUCAUUCCGUGUGAAGUUGGGAGGUGGACGCGCCCGAACUUUUACUUGGAGAUAUAGCAACCAAAUGAGUUGUAGUAGCGGGGACCUUUCAAGUCGCUCAUCAUCCACAUCUCCAUCUCCAUCUCAAUCUCCAUCCCGAUCAUCUUCCCGAUCCAGUUCUCGAUCCAGAUCCUCCUCUUCAUCGACAAAUCCUACAGAGAAAUUGGAGCUUGUCCAUGAAGCUACCCAGGAGGUGAUCGCAGAGUUAUCCUCAGGCACGACAUUUUUCAGAAAGGCGGGGCAGUUGAAUAUUUACAAAUCUUACUGUACUCAGUUUGAUCUGUUGGUACUAGUUACUGGCCUAGCCUUGCGAGAGAAACUCAGACGGACAAGAUCAAACUCCGGCACUGCCCAGUAA